GAGCUGAAGCAGGCGCUGGUUAACUCCAACUGGUCGACGUUCAACGAUGAGACCUGCCUGCUGAUGAUAAACAUGUUCGAUAAGACCAGGUCGGGACGCAUAGACGUGUACGGCUUCUCAGCCUUGCUGCGCUUCAUCCAACAGUGGAAGAACCUCUUCCAGCAGUACGACAGGGACCAGUCGGGCUCCAUCAACUUCAGUGAGCUCCAGCAAGCUUUCUCCCAGAUGGGCUAUAACCUGAGCCCCCAGUUUAGCCAGCUGCUGCUGGCCCGCUAUGGCCAGCGAUCCUCCAACCCCAGCAUCCAGCUCGACCGCUUCAUUCAGAUCUGCAUGCAGCUCCAGAGCACGACCGACGCCUUCCGUGAGAAGGACACGGGGCUGGUGGGCAACGUGCAGCUGAGCUACGAGGACUUCCUCACGAUGGUCGUGACUCGCAUGAUGUGA